AGUAUUGAAAGUUGUGAAGGGUGAUAGGAAGCACAGAGCAUGAAAGAGCGCAGUUGUCUAAACCCACCGCAUGGUCGUACGACAAACUAUGCUGAAGACACUUGUCCGUUUCCAUUAAACGGCUUUAGAUACUUUGCGUCCAGAGCGCACUCUGGCUUUGUUUUCAGUCGAACCGGCAGUUGAACUGCAGACUGUUACGUUUUUGAAGACGUUACAGGGACCUGACGGAGUUCCAAACCGGAGACAUGCGCUCUGUGGACGGACUGCUGGCAGAGUGCUGAACCCAGAGACAGACUCCAGCAACUUUGUUUCCACGCGCGUGGCGAGAACCCAGACCAGCAUCUUAUUUAAUAAAGGCGCUGAAAAGAAUUUCAAGACGCAGCGCGUGUAGGAUUUUCCCGAGCAAUUAAAAGUUGACUUUUGCAUGGACACGUACGUGGCUAUGGUGGAGCAAACGCACAGCACCGACGUGCUCUCCGGCGACUCCAUUGAUUCGGGGGAGAUGGACCUAGACAUGGACGCCUCGCCGACCCCCGGCUCCCCAAACUCAACUGGGGAUAAAAUGGACAUCGCGUGGUGCAAGACCCCAUCCGGACAUAUCAAGAGGCCAAUGAACGCAUUCAUGGUUUGGUCGCAGAUAGAAAGGCGCAAGAUCAUGGAACAGUCGCCGGACAUGCACAACGCGGAGAUCUCCAAGAGACUUGGCAAACGCUGGAAACUUUUAAAAGACAGCGAUAAGAUCCCCUUCAUACGCGAGGCUGAGCGACUGCGGCUCAAGCACAUGGCAGACUAUCCUGACUACAAAUAUCGACCUCGGAAGAAGGUGAAGUCAUCCAGCGGCAAAAGCGGAGAGAAGGGGGAGCGCGUCAGCGGCAGCCCGGGCGCGAAGGCUGCACCCAAAAAGAGCUCGAAAACUCUCAGCAGGACGCACAGAAAGUCCGCUGCGCUUGAACUGCCUUCUCACCCAGUCCCUGCAGACCACCACGCUCUCUACAAAUCCAGGUCUGCGUCCGCCGCCAAGCAAAUACCCGACAAACCAGCAAAACGCGCGCAUGUGUUCGGAGGAUGCAGCACUGACAGCAGCCCGCCCUCCGUCGCCGUGCCCGCCAGUCCCACUCUGAGCAGCUCGGCGGAAUCCAGUGACCCGCUGAGCCUGUACGACGACGGGCUCGCCAGCGGAAAAGAAGACACCGAGUCCGCGGCGCGCUACAAAUACACGCGCGCAUCGUCUCCAACGCCCUCCGCGUCGCACUCAUCCUCCUCACAUUCAUCUUCAUCUGACGAGGAGUUCGACGACGAGCUUGCGGACCUCAGUCCCGGCUUUGACAGCUUCAGCACCUUUGGCACUGCGCCCCUGGACAGAGACUUGGAGUUCAAUUUUGAGUCUGGCUCCGGCUCGCACUUUGAGUUCCCCGAUUACUGCACACCAGAGGUGAGCGAAAUGAUAUCAGGGGACUGGCUCGAAUCGACAAUAUCCAACUUGGUAUUCACUUAUUGACCUAUAGUAACGAAUCUGAUUUAAAGGACAGAUUGAGAAAAAUAUAUCUUUAUGACUGUCGUAAAGACGGAGGGCUGAAAAGUCCUCCGAGACGAGUCAGACAACGAGUCAACGACACGAUUCCUCCUGUUUAUCAUGCAUCAGAGACUGUGGGUUUUCAUUAUCCACUGACGAAAGUGCUUAGCUUGCUCGUUUGGUGCUGGAAGGAGUGAAAUGACGCGCGCGCUUUGGAAGAAGAGGACGGCAUUGCGCGGUGGUGAAGUUCAACUUUUCCACCCGCUUUAACUUAAAAAGGGACGUUUAAAAACAGUCUGGUCAAAUGCUUGUUUUGGUGGAGGUACUGAACGGAGAAAGGCGUUUUGUGACCAGAAUCGCAUGCUUUCAUUACGAUGUAACCGCGAAAGCGUAACUGGUGUUGAUUCAUUGAAACGGAACGGCAGCGCUUUAUCAGACGCAAAAAGACACAAUCACCAGCUUUUCUGUCGACGUGACAUCAGGAUUCAAACGCAACUCAGAUGAUUCAACUCUUUACACUACAAAUCAGGACCAAAAUUCAUCCGAGGAGCGUUCUGUCUCUCUCUCUCUCUCUCUCUCUCUCUCUCUCUCUCUCUCUCUCUCUCUCUCUCUGCCUUUCACUUUUCCAUCAUCUCCCGAGUAACUUUUCCGUGCUGGCAUUUUAUAUCGAUGUAUUUAUAAUGGCCCAACAGUGCUCCUCCUUUCCCCUCUCCCCCCUCUUGAAUUGUGUUCUAGUCAGUCUGUUGUGUGUAUAGUCUGCACAUGCACAUGUCCGUCUUUGUCGCGGAAGGGCUAGACUCGUUUCGUAUUAUUUAAUUGACCUCUCAUGCGGAAAGGAGAUUAAAUGUUUCAUUCUUUUCUGAGUGUAUUUUUGUACAAAAUCUAUCGAGGGGGUGUCAAUCGGUGAAUAUCGCUGUUUGGAUUUCCGAUUUUUAAAACCAGGGGGUCGGGUUGUCUCAAAAAUCUGCCCCCCUAACCAUGUUUACAGUGUCAAUCCACAGGCUUCUUAAAGAGACAGUGUCUGAAUUUCAACGACCAAUCAUCAUUAGCCUACGAUGAGCGCUGAAUGAGGUUGUAUGUAGCUGCAGCGACGUCUGCAAUUUAUUACGUCCUUAUUGGAUACUGUACCUUUUGAAUACCGAUUUCUUCGUGCUUUUAUAGUGACACGUUUUGGUUUUAACCACUGGAUGGAAUUAUACAGAUACGUCGAAAUGCCUCUUAAGUUCAUGAACAAUGAAGUACGUCUUCGCUCCAUAAUUGUACAAGGAUAUUUAAUCUUUUUCUACAUGUUGGCUAAAUGUAGCUAAUCGUUUUAGUAUAUUACGGCAUGGCAAAUAGCAUUUUGUAUUUCUGAAUUCAGGUUUAUGUAGAGCAGUCGUGUUUAAGGCAGAGGGUCGACAUGAAGAUUUCUAUGUACAUUGACUGUAAAAUAAGUAAAAGAGUGCGUGUUUAUGUCUGACAAUGUUAUAUCAUGACAGGAGCGAGAACAUAUAUCUUUAUACAUCCCUAUGUUUAAGAGUGUUGUUCAUGAGUUUUGGACUAUAUAUAGAUAUGUUUUAUUGUUUCAUUUCGUGCAAUAUGCUGUGUACAAUAUUGUUUUGUCUUACCAUACCAUAUCUCACCAUUUGAGUAGUGAACUCAAAAGCCAGCCAAUUGUGUCAAGUCACUGCCUGUCAGACCUCUGUACAGAACUUUGUCUUUUUUCCAAGAAGGAAAUAAAAUCAGCUGGAACUGAA